AUGACUUUGAAUCACAGCAGCUACCACAUCGGCUGGAUAUGCGCCUUACCCAUCGAGAUGGCCGCAGCGAGAUGUCUGUUGGAUGAAUCUCACCCCGAUCUCGAGCAACCCCGCACCGACACAAACAGCUACGCACUUGGGAGUAUCAGUUCACAUAACGUCGUGAUCGCCUGUCUUCCCUCAGGUGUCUAUGGUACUACCUCCGCAGCUAUCGUCGCAAAGCAGAUGAUCACGACAUUCCCCAAUCUUUCCUUCGGGCUGAUGGUAGGAAUUGGGGGCGGCGUUCCUCCUAUUUCACGAUCAACACCGGAUAUCCGUCUAGGAGACGUUGUUGUUGGUAUCCCCAGCGGCUCGUUUGGAGGUGUUGUCGCAUAUGACUACGGCAAGACAAUUGCAGAUGGAGAGUUCCUGCCGACGGGCUCGCUGAAUCACCCUCCUUUCAGCGUUCUCACGGCAGUGAGUAACCUCCGUGCAUCACAUCUGGUGGACAAGGGUCUUCUUGAAGGAAUUAUAAACGAUGCUAUCACUCAGUAUCCCAGUUUUCGGUCACCGGGCUCUGAGAACGAUAUUCUUCAUGAUACUUGUACAAACCCAGAUUUGCCUAUUAGUGAAGCGCCUGUCGUGCAGCGUGCAGCACGGUCAUCUGAUCUCCCACAGAUACAUUAUGGAACAAUAGCUUCUGGAAACCGUCUCAUCAAGCACGGGAAAACUAGAGAUCAGUUGGCGGCGAAGCAUGACAUUCUUUGCGUCGAAAUGGAAGCUGCAGGGCUGAUGGAUCUUGAUAAUUUCCCCUGUCUGGCUAUUCGAGGAAUAUGUGAUUACGCCGAUGAGUUCAAAGCCAAGGAAUGGCAGCCCUAUGCUGCGAUUGUCGCUGCAGCCUAUGCAAAGGAGUUACUGGGCAUCAUUCCCAAGGCCAAAGUUGACUUGACAGCCGCUUCAACUUCUUCAACAGAAACUUUAGUUGCCAGUUCCGCUCCCCCUCUACCUUCUGGGAUUUUGCACAAUAUCUUCCCCGUGGAAAAGAAUUUCAUCGGUAGUCUAAUAACGGAUACCUUGUCUCCACGAGAUAAUUUCUACUCCUUGCCAGUAUCCCCAUCUUCUGCUCAACUCGCUGUCAUCCAUCAAUCAGUCCCACAUACCAUCAAUCUUUCCGCUAUGGGCUAUACGAACAUUCUGUCAAAAAUGUCCACCAAGGGUAAUCCCACCGAAGCCGACUAUUCCGUCACGGUCGACCGCUCCAGCUCAUGCACGCUAAACAAUUCAAAUGACUGGUUCGAAGCAAUGAGCUCCAAGAGAAAAACACGACAGUGGGUCGAAAAACAAAUCGAACGUUCAAAUGAUCAGAUAUACUUGGUAGUCGGGUUUCGAAGUCUGUGGCACAGAGAUAUAGACACCUCGCUCAAGAGCAGCGAGCAGAGCGAUCUACCCUGUAUCGGUGAGGCAGUGUACGCCGUGCAGUAUCGUCAGCUCAAAUUCAAGUGGUAUCGCAGGAAGGAUAUUGAUGCGGCUACUCUACAAAAGGGUAAUUGCUGGCAGAGUUUGUAUACUUCUCGUGGUGAUGACGAUGAUGAUGAGGCAGAGGACUAUUUGAAGGUUACUUUGGGUGAUGAUGUUGACGAAUCUUGA